AAGUGAGCAGUCAACUGUCAAAAAAAGCAAUAAAAUUUCUAAUUUUCAAUAAAAAUUCUAAAUUCGGAAUAUUUUUGAUAUUUUUAAAGGAAGUUUAUAGUGAUAAAAGAUUUUAAACCGUUAAAUAUACAAACUAAAAAGGACUGGAUAAUAUGUGUUAUUAAAAUAUUCGUUUAAGUGUUUAUUUUUGUUGGCAAGUCGUAGUGUUUACAAAACUUGACAAAACGUCAAAAACCUACUUUUCAUGUUUAAAAAACUGUAUUUGUUAAAUAACGUUUAAUACUUUUUUGUUUAUCCAAGCGAUUGUUCGUUUUGCACCGGUAUUAACAUAGCAAAUUGUUUAAAUAACUCGUAUUCAACGAAAUUUGUUAUCAUGAAUUCAGUUUGAAGUACGAUUAGUUACCGAUUCGAGACAAAAUGCAGAGCAAAAUCGUGAUUACGUGGACAAUUUUCCUAUUUUCUGGCGUAGUUUUUCCUAGUUCUAGUACGGGUGCACCUACAGAAAACAAGAGUAAAGUGUCCGAAACUAUGUACGAUGCUAUAGCGAAAAAAUGUCCGGCAGUAGAAGUAACUAACCUAAAAAAUAAUAGCACUAUUUUCACGAAAGAUUGCUUAAAUUGGGACAAAAUUAAUGCUACAAAUGUAUUUAACGAUGAAACAAAGCAAGACGUCCUAUGUCUGGUAUAUUAUGAAAGUUUAGUAUCUUUCUGUACAAAGUUGGGCGAAAAUGCACACAAGUUUAAAGGUCUGAUAACACCGAACAUCGCAAAGGAGAAAUACAACGUUUGUGCGGGAAACAUAUCGAUAUACCCUAAGAAUAACACAAAAUCGGAACACGAUAUAUCUAAACUCUUACCGGAUUACACAGGAUGUUUGAAAUUAUGUUGGGACGGCCAGGAAAUCAGAGACAUUUGUAACUUGGCCUAUUACUUUAACACAUUUAAUUUCACUAUGCUUGACAGUUACAUAGCCUUAAAACAAAAAAGUAAUAAUGCAGCAACUUUGAUACCACAAGUUAACUCAAAUACCAAAGAAAUUAGCACUGUAGUAGAAAAACAACCCUCUGAGGUGGGUAGUAGUAAAAAUCCAGCCCCUGUCUUCGAAACUAUUCCUGUAGCAAGUAAUAAAAACCCUCAAGCCGAUCCUAAACCAAAACUUACAGUACAGGAUGUGAAAAAUGAAAAAUCACCUGAAGUUUUGAACGAAAAACCCAAAGAUAUAGUUGCUGUAGAAAAUUCCUUGGCGGAGCCUGAAAAACAACCGGCAAAAAAAACUGAGAAACCUCCAGAACUUGUAGCACCUCAAAAAGUUAUACCUGUUCAUGAGGAAAUGGAUAAAAAUAGUGAGGUUAAGGAGACCCAAGUGAAUCCAGUUGGGGAGGACAAACACGUACCGAAUGAAGAUCAGUUUGAGGAGCAAAAUAUCGAACAGCAAGAGCAAGAAGAAGAGGAUGAAGAAGAAGGCAUCCCUGAGGAACCCCUGAGGAACAAUGAAGAAAACCUGGAAAAGGACAAGAAAGUAGUGAAACCAGAUAUGGUGGAGGAGAGCCCCAUAAGUAGUUUUGCUGUUACCGAUGAGGAUAUGGAUGGCAAUUCUUAUUUCUUUUCGUAUUUCACUGUCUUGAUGUGCCUGUGUAUAGCCGGAUACGUGGGAUAUCACAACAGACAAAAGAUUUUGGCCCUUAUCCUUGAAGGCAAGAAGGGCAGGAAACCUGGCAGAGGGAGAAGACCCAAUUCUGCCAACUAUCACAAAUUGGACAGUAAUUUGGAGGAGGCUAUGUCGUCCUCGUGUCCUAAACCGUCGUCCAAUGUCAUUUACUGAAAA